AUGGCUGAUUCGUUAUUCACUGAUUUUGCAUUCAGUUUCCCGUUAUCAGCAACAGUGAUCACCACAGAAGAUGGUCAAAGAGUUUUGGACUAUAUCAGAUCAACAGAGAAUCCAGUUGCAACAAUUCUGGUGGGUGAGACGGACAAGGAUGUCAUGGCACCAUACAUUGUAUCAUUUUCUUCCAGAGGACCCAACCCCAUAACCCCAGAUAUUCUCAAGCCUGAUCUCACUGCCCCUGGUGUUGAUAUACUUGCUGCUUGGUCUCCAGUGGCACCGCCUUCCAUUGACUUCGAAGACACCAGGAGUGUCGAAUAUAACAUCAUCUCUGGGACUUCCAUGUCCUGCCCUCAUGCCAGUGGGGCUGCUGCCUAUGUCAAGGCUGCCCAUCCAAAAUGGUCAGCUGCUGCAAUCAAAUCUGCCCUCAUGACCACAGCUCAUGUCCUGGACCCAAAGAAGAACGAUGAACUCGAAUUUGCUUAUGGUUCUGGUCAUAUCAACCCUCUGAAAGCAGUUAAACCUGGGCUUGUCUUUGAUGCAUCAGAAGCAGACUAUGUACAUUUCCUCUGCAAACAGGGCUACAAUACAACCACAUUAAAGCUUAUCACUGGUGACAACAGCAGCAGCU